UUCAGAUUAACUAAAGAUGUUUUAAAAGUUUGAAAAUGAGAAUCAGAAGAGGAUUUUUAUCCAUAACAAUAUUUGUGAUACAUUGUAUACUGCAGUCGCUCUCGGAGGAAGUAAAUACGCCCAGCAAUGAAACAUUUGAAAUGACACAGUUAAAUGAGACACUAGCAAUGGCAUUGAAAUUACUGGAUGAGAAGGAAGACGACACCGUUGAUUAUUCUGACAGUCAGUACGAGUACGUGGACUGGGUGAAAGCUGAUCUGGUGGAUAAAGGACAACGUCUUGUUGGAGCUACAGCAAGCAAUAGUUCAGACUUUCCAUUCAUCGUCGCCAUUAAUCCAGUUCCGGUGGAGGGAUCUUUAAUGUCCUCAUGUACAGGAUCAUUGAUAACUCCCCGCUGGAUUCUCACUGCAGCUCACUGUGUUUACUCCGAAGAAGGUUUGGUGGAUAAGUGUAUUAACGCAACUAAGAAUGGAACUGUUUUCAAGGCAAUAAGUGAUAUGGUUGGAGUUACUAUUAAAUGCAGACUACUCCCUGACAACAGCACGGAAAUAGUUCCAAUUAGUCCAGUUGGAAAAGUCUGGAUCGGCUACCAGGACGUGCAAGAUCUCGGGAAUAAGGAGGGAUCGAUCAUGAAUAUCAGUCGAGUUAUCAAGCAUCCACAAUCAUAUAUCGGGGAAGGGUACAAGGAUUAUGGAGGGUAUGACAUAGCUCUCGUAGAAAUAGAUGGGAACACGACAGUUGAUAACGUGGCAUGCCUCCCCAGCCCUAAAUAUUUUGAUACCCGGUUAUCGAAUGUGGCUGGCUACGGAAAAUACUUCAGAGGAAUUGGAAAAAAGAAAGUUUGUCAAACUGAUGAGUACGGACCAUACAAGUACCACUACUGUAGUGAGCUCGGUUCAAGUUUUGAUAUUUGCGAUGAUUCCCCUCCUCCUCAGGAUCCAGCCUGCCAGGCAUUUUUUAAAGAUGCUUCUAGUCCUGAUACAGUCAUUGAUAACUUUGAUGAGAUCAAUCUUGUUCAAGGAAACUCUAGUGUGUACUGCUACGGCGAGAAGUCGGGGAAAAAUGACUCUGAAGGAUGGUGUAAGGUUACAAGCAGUUUUUAUGAUAUGAAAGGAGAACAAAAAAUCCCAGGAGGGUCCUGGGGAUUCUGUGGUAAAGAUUGCUAUUUAGAGGAAGAUGAAAAAAGAUCCGGAGUUCUCAGAUCUGAGUCGAAUGUUGAAGUGCUGGACGAGACAAUGUGUGACAAAUUUUUAAAUAAGUCUUUGAGAUCUGAUGUACAGUUCAGGCCAAAAAUUUUAUGUGUUGGGCAGCUAAAAACAUGGAAGACUGAUGUUUGGAAAUUUGAAAAUGGAACUUAUCGCCGCAUUACUGAUGUCAAGGAACGGAGAGACUUCAAACAUUUUGGUAGCCAAGAAGGGUUCGAGGGGUAUGUUGUGUCCCCUGGAAUAUGUCAAGGGGAUUCUGGAGGUCCUCUUUUCAUCCUGGAGGAUAAAAACUUUAUCAUCACAGGUGUUGUGAGUGGUGGACGAGGAGCAGCUAAGAACUGUGGAGGUAUAAACAAUCCUACUCAUUACACCAGAGUACGUGAGUUUUCCCGUUGGAUUGCUCAGAUACUAGGACAACAUGCUGAUCAGGUUUGCUGGAACAAAAACUUCCAGGACAGGAUCAAGUUGCUAGCUGGGUAGCUGGAAUCUUGUUGGAGCUCGGAAGAGCUGGAAGAUACAGGGAGAACCGUCAAACUUGGAACCAGCAAACAAGAAUCAUCACUUAUAUCAUCCCAUUGUUUUAAAUGACAAACAACUUUUUCAGCAAACCCAAUUUUUUAAACAUUUUUUAUUUAAAGAACUGCAAGCUUAAUUAAGUGACCCACUAUGUAAAUAGGGUAAUUUCCAACACUAUUCGUUUAAACCAUACCUAUGGCUGAUCAUUGUGAACUCAAUACAACUGACUUCUAUAUAAAUUUGUCUUGACUGCUAGUUUGUAUGUCUAUAUCCAUUAAAGGACAAAACGUCAGGAAAAAAUUAUGAACUAACAACAAAUGCCUGGAAAAAAUGUCGAUAUUCAUUAUAUACUGACCAAAAUGAAGAUUUUUAAAAAAAUCCAAAUCUUGCUAACACAUUUUCCCCUUUCCAUCUCCAGCUGGUCAUUGUUUUGACAUAAAUAUGUCCAAUUCCCUGUAAAAUUCCAGGGGGGGGGGGGUAAAAUUUUCAAUUAUUCCUCCCCCCCCCCUCUUUAGAAAAAGCCUUUAUUUCUCUGGAGUCCCGAACACUCUAUUUCAAACCGGUUUUCAAAAGUUCAAAUGAAAAUAUUUAUUUUCUGCAACUUCCGAAAAGUAAAUAUUAAUAUUACUUUUUCUUACAAAAAACAGCUUCUAAACAAACGUAUCAACAAUUCAAAGCAAUUCUGAAGAAAAAUAAGGAUAAGUCCGUCGUCCUUUAUCAGUCAAAGGUUAAUUGAAGAAGUACUGUUGUAAACUGGACACACCACUCUACAUUAAUAAAUGGUCACUUGAAA